AUGAUGAACUUUCUGCGGCGCAGGCUCUCGGACAGCAGCUUCAUCGCCAACCUGCCCAAUGGCUACAUGACCGACCUGCAGCGGCCGGAGCCGCAGCAGCCGCCGCCGCCGCCGCCUCCCUCAGCCUCCUCGGCCCCUGCCUCUGCCUCCCCGGCUGCGGAACGCCGGCAGCCGCCGCAGUCGGCGCCCCCCCAGCAGCAGCAGCCGCCGCCGCAGCAGCAGUCAACGGGCAGCAGCUUCUUCAGCUCCCUCUCCAACGCCGUGAAGCAGACGGCGGCCUCGGCCGGUCUGGUGGAUCCCUCCUCCGCCGUCUCCUCGGCUGCCGGCAGAAAGUUCAAGCUGCUCCUGGUCGUCGACGAGCCGCACACGGACUGGGCCAAGGCUUUUCGUGGAAAAAAGGUCCAUGGAGAAUAUGACAUAAAGGUUGAACAGGCAGAAUUUUCAGAAAUCAACUUGAUAGCCCAUGCUGAUGGCAAUUAUGCAGUAGAUAUCCAAGUAUUUCGAAACGGCACUAAAGUUGUCAGGUCAUUCAGGCCUGAUUUUGUCCUUGUUCGACAACAUUCAUUCAGUAUGGCAGAAAAUGAAGAUUUCCGUAACUUGAUCAUCGGCAUGCAGUACGCAGGCAUCCCUAGCGUCAACUCCCUGGAAUCAAUCUAUAACUUCUGCGACAAACCGUGGGUGUUUGCCCAGCUGGUGUCUGUCUACAAAACUUUGGGUCCGGAGAAGUUCCCUUUAAUUGAGCAAACAUUCUAUCCAAAUCACAAGGAAAUGCUAACAAUGCCAACAUUUCCUGUUGUGGUGAAGAUUGGACAUGCUCAUUCAGGCAUGGGAAAGAUCAAGGUAGACAACCACUACGAUUUUCAGGACAUAGCCAGCGUGGUAGCACUUACUCAGACCUACGCCACCACUGAACCCUUCAUAGACUCCAAAUAUGACAUCAGGAUCCAAAAGAUAGGCAGUAACUACAAAGCAUACAUGAGAACUUCCAUAUCUGGAAACUGGAAGACAAACACGGGCUCUGCAAUGUUGGAACAAAUUGCUAUGUCAGAUAAGUACAAGCUUUGGGUUGACACCUGUUCUGAAAUAUUUGGUGGUUUGGACAUCUGUGCUGUUAAAGCUGUACAUGGAAAGGAUGGAAAGGAUUAUAUUUUCGAGGUCAUGGACUGUGCAAUGCCUCUGAUUGGUGAGCAUCAGACUGAAGACAGGCAACAUAUAACUGAUCUAGUCGUAAGCAAAAUGAACCAAAUGUUGUCCAAAACUCCCAUACCAUCUCCUCAGAGACCCACUGCCACUCAGCAGCCUCAGAGUGGAUCACUAAAGGAGCCAGAGCCAAACAAAAUCCCACCUCAGCGACCACCACCUCAAGGGGGCCCAGUGCAACCCCAAGGAAUGCAAUCACAAAGCCAGGAGCCAUUGCAGCCACAGCGCAUGUACCCCCCCGGGCAGUCAGCAAAGCCCUCAGCUUCCCAGCCACAGCGUCCACCGGGACCUACAACUCAGCAGCCACGUCCCCAGGCUCAAGGUCCUUCCAGCACCAGAUUAUCAAAGGAUGCAGAGCCGCAGCCACAGCCUGCUCCACAGCCUGCUCCACAGCCAGCUCCACAGCCAGCUCCACAGCCUGCUCCACAACAGAAGCCUCAGUCUCAUCCACAACUUAACAAGUCGCAGUCUUUGACAAAUGCCUUCAGUUUCACAGAAUCAUCCUUCUUCCGAUCAUCCGUGAAUGAAGACGAAGCAAAAGCUGAAACUAUUCGAAACUUGAGGAAAUCCUUUGCUAGUCUUUUUUCUGACUAG